AUUUCUCUCUCUCGCUCACUUCGCUCACUCUGUUUUUCGACAAUCUUCACGCACCGUCAGUCGAGACUUCUUCGCUCGAGAGCGCUGUCGGGUUCCCAUCGGAAGAUGGAGAGCAAUCAGCAGUCGUUCUGGCAGUUCAGCGACCAGCUCCGCCUCGCCAACCUCUCCCUCAACGACCCCAUCUGGGGCAACAACGACUUCGCCGCCUCCAGGCUCCCCGAGGAGCGUCGCAGGUUCGACACCCGAGUCGGGGGCAAAGUCGCCCCCGCCCCCACCCCCACCCGCACCAACAACAACAACAGCGAUGCCAACAUCGGCACCAACACCAACAACAGUCUCCUCAGAAAUCCUGUCAACGAGGGUUGGAACGCGGCGACCCCCGUCGCCAAGAGCCCGAGCCCGCUCGACGAACUGCUCGGCCUGCCCGACGACGUCGUCUCGGGCGACUUCAACGGGUUCAACUUCGGGUGGAAGCUUGGGGGGUCCGGCGCGAGCGCGAAUCUGAACGAUCUGAACCGGUUCGACGACGGGUGGAAGGUCGGAGGGUCGCAGGUCAACGUCCCCAUCAACGGCGGGUACAACAAGGCGGCGAUCUACGGGGAGCAGCCGCUUGGCUAUCCGUUCAUCGGCAACUUCGUGAACCUGAAGGGAGGAAAGGCCAAGAUCGAUGGCGGCGAGCACGGGGGCAAACAGGGGAAGAAGAGCGGGGGCGGAUACAGGAAGAACGGGAACGACAACACUAACGGCUUCGAAGGUAAAGAGGGCAAGAGCGACAAGAGGUUCAAGACGCUCCCUCCGUCGGAGUCGCUUCCGAGGAACGAAGCCGUGGGCGGGUACAUCUUCGUCUGCAACAAUGACACCAUGCAAGAGAAUCUCCAGAGACAGCUCUUUGGCUUGCCUCCGCGGUACCGAGAUUCAGUGAGGCAGAUAACGCCAGGGCUUCCUCUGUUUCUGUACAACUACUCCACCCACCAACUCCAUGGCAUUUUUGAGGCUGCUAGUUUCGGAGGGGCUAACAUAGACCCAGCGGCCUGGGAGGACAAGAAGUGCCCCGGCGAAUCGCGCUUCCCGGCUCAGGUUCGAGUGAUCACGAGGAAAGUUUGUGCCCCGUUGGAGGAGGACUCGUUCCGCCCGAUCCUUCACCACUACGACGGGCCCAAGUUCCGUCUAGAACUGAAUGUGCCUGAGGUAUUGAACCCCGCAUUCUCUUUGAUGGGUUGUAUGCAGAAUUUGUACAGAUUGUCCGAGCUUGAAUUCUAAUGGCAGUUGUUCAUUGCAGGCACUCUCUCUCUUGGAUAUAUUCUGGGACCAAGAAACUUGAAAGCACACCUGCGAACAAGUACUUCGAGGCUUGGAGAUAACACAGCUUAUUGCAAAGAAAGUAGGAAACGGAUACGGUUUGGAUCUAUGGAGACGAGAAGAAGGAUUUGAUACCUUGUCAUGUUAGGAAAAUUUUACAGAAGUAUAAAAAAAGCUGUCUUGUCUAUGGGAUGUAAAUUUUUGUAAGGGCGGGUUGUUACUUAUUUUGCUCGUUCUUCCGUUCCCUCAGUUGGAUGAUGAUAUAAUAGGAUACAAGCACAGAAUUCGCA